AUGGGCGACAAUAUUCCAUCGCCUCACUCGACACCAGUCUCUGCGUCGAAAACGCCACUUCUUCUGCAAUUGUAUGGACUGUGCGACAAUUUCUUGGUCCGAACUCAAGGAAUCUGCUCCUAUGAUCCGUUGGAUACACGAGGCUGUCAAACACCCCGCAGUUGCUAUGACUGCCUUAAUGCUGAAGUUGAAAAGGAAUCGGGAGGUUGCAUGAUCAACGACAUAGGACGAUGCAUCUCCGUUGCCGAUUGUUCACUGGAUGUGGUGGCAACAAUUCCAGUCGAUGACAUAGCUGGAGAUUUGAGCAACAAUGGCUCGAUUGACAAUGUCAGUGAGAAGAUGGAGCCACUGGCUAGUAGACAAACAAGUCAGUCAACUUUUGAGAUACAAUUUUCAGCUAAGAAUACGACGUACUGCGAAGAUGACGACGUACUCUUUAACAAAGAACAACUUGCUCAUGUCGGCUUUAGUUACGGGACCCAGGACUGUGUACGUGUUGAAGUGUAUGAAGUGCCGAGUUGGGAGUGA